AUGGCUUUAAACAUCAAGUCCAGUCAAGAAAGGAGCCCAUUACUACGUGAUCAUCGCUUUCGUUUUUUAAGUGAUACUGAGAUGCUUCUGGCUGCAAAUCCUGAAUCUACCCGUGAGUCCCUUGCAACUCUUAAUGAGACGGAUGAGAAGGCUUGGCACCAACGAUCUACUGAUGUAAUUUUAAAGAUGCUUGAUACGAAUUUCUAUCAUGGAUUGGAUGGUUUGGAUGUUGAACGUCGAUUACUGCGCUACGGUCUAAAUACACUCGAACAAGAAGCCAAAACACCCAUUUUGGUGAUCUUUCUAUUGCAGUUCUACAACCUUAUCAUUUCCAUGCUGCUAUUUGCUGCGGUAGCAUCCUUGGCGCUCCAGGAAUGGGUUGAAGGCAUUGCUAUUCUUGCAAUUGUCAUAUUAAAUGCAAUAGUAGCUACGUAUCAAGAACACUCAGCAAGUAACGCACUGGCAGCACUCAUGAGUUUGUCAAGUCCACAGUCUCUUGUCAUUCGUGACAAUACGCAACAAGUGGUGGAUAGCAAGUUGUUGGUACCCGGUGACAUUGUCAUUCUCGUAACUGGCGAUGUUGUCCCUGCUGAUAUCAGAUUGAUUGCAAGUGUCGAUCUUAAAUGCAACGAGAUGCUGCUUACGGGUGAGUCGGAGGAUGUGCCAAAGAAAUACAAUGCCUUAAUGCACCCUGCUGGAGCUGGCAAACCGGAAAAAUUAACUGCAAGCAACAUGGUCUUCUCAUCAACAACAAUCACAACGGGUAAUGCUCGUGGAAUUGUUGUUGAAACUGGGAUGAAAACUCGGGUGGGCUCAAUUGCAGCUUUGCUGCAGGCCAAAAGCGGCACGGAUGCCACCGCGAAUAAAAAAUGGAUUCAGAACCCAAUAAGCGAUUGUGUUGCCAAGCACCGACCAAAGCUUACGCCUUUGCAACGGGCUUUACACCAUACCGGCUAUAUCAUGGGUCUUAUCGCCGUAGGGGUCGCAAUUCUUGUUUUUAUCGUCGGCAUGAUCCGUGGCACGGUAGAUCCGCGCCAUCCUGACCGACCGACGUACCUGACGAUGAUCAUGGCCGCUGUCUCGAUGGCAGUAAGUGCAGUGCCGGAAGGUUUACCAAUGGUCGUGACGAUUUGCCUCUCGUCAGGAACUGCUGAGAUGGUUAAGAAGAAUGUGCUAGUGCGAAAAUUAGCGUCAGUGGAGACGCUGGGUGCUGCAUCUGUAAUUUGUACCGACAAGACGGGCACGCUAACUGAAGGCAAGAUGACUGCAGUGAAGCUUUGGGGUGAUUUUCAAGAGUAUGUGAUCACUGGGAAAGGAUUUAAUCCUGACGGUUCAAUUUUAGCGGCUGACGGGAAAAGUCAGGCCGCUAGCAAUGCUCUAGUUCGUGCGACGUUAAUGGCUUCGGUGCUAUGUAGCAAUACGCAACUCAAGCAAGUGGAAAGCGAAGACGGCGAGACACUGCGGUGGGUACCAUUUGGAAACUCGUCUGAGGCCCCUUUAAUAGUCGCCGCUGCCAAGGCAGGGAUUUGGGAAGACAAUCUUUUGGAAGAUUACCCGCGUCUUUUAGAAGUACCAUUCAGUUCAUCUCGUAAGAUGAUGAUUACCGUGAACGCAGUGCCGAUUAUAAACGGCAUUGCGAUGUUUGACGACCUGGAGCUUCCUGGUAAGCAUCCUCCUCGACUUGUGGCUAACGUUAAAGGUGCCCCUAAUUAUAUUCUCCGCAACUGCGCACAGUAUUGUUGUAUGGAUGGCACGUUCAAGUCAUUAAACGUUGAGCAAUGCAAUGAGAUUUUAAAUGCUGUCGAUGCUCUUUCGUCGCAGGCCCUUCGUGUUCUUGCCGUGGCAAUUCGACCAUUGCAUGAAUUGCCUUUUGGCAAAGACUGUGAUGACGUGGAUGACAAGUUUACAGCUCUAUCCACACCGCUAGUAUUCCUUGGUCUCGUUGCCUCCAUUGACCCAGAGCGUGAUGGAGUCCGCGAUGCCAUUGCAACAGCACGUGCAGCCUCGAUCCGCACUGUGAUGAUCACGGGUGACUACCUCGCCACCGCCGUUGCAAUUGCAAAAAACAUUGAUUUACUUCAGGUUGGUACUGAUCCGAAUGCUCAAGCAACAGAUUGCAUACAGCUUCGCCCUCAAGGAGAUGUGUAUUUACCAUCAGCUGACAUUGAUGAGAUUACGUCGCGCACGCUCGUUUUCGCUCGAGCCAAACCCGAAGACAAGAUUGAAAUUGUCAAGUCACUUCAACGCCAAGGCCUCAUUGCUGCUAUGACUGGUGAUGGCGUCAACGACGCACCUGCUCUGAAAGAAGCUGAUAUUGGUGUGGCCAUGGGCAUAUCGGGUACUGAAGUUGCGAAGGGUGCGUCCGACAUGAUUUUGACUGAUGACAACUUUUGCAGUAUAGUAUCUGCUGUGGAGAAGGGCCGCGUUAUUUACGCCAACAUUCAAAAGUUUGUCAUAUUCUUCUUGUCAACGAAUAUUGGUGAGAUUAUAUUAAUCUUCACCUCAGUUGCCGGUGGCUUUCCACUCCCGCUGGAAGCCCUGCAUAUUUUGCUCCUCAAUCUGUUCACGGAUGGUAUGCCUGCAGUUGCAUUAAGCCUUGAAAUGGGCGACCCUCAUAUCAUGGCGGAAAAGCCCCGUCACAAAGAGUCGUCUCUCAUACAAGGUCGACUAUGGUUACUUAUUCUCAUCAACGCCUUCUUGCUUUUUGCCGGUGCUAUGAUAACGUUCCUUUUGGGGCUGUACUGGAAUUUUGGAGAGCUUCUGACAAGCGACAUUUAUAGUGCAGGUGGAGGUUCUGAUGGAACUGACUAUACGGAUGUCACAUGUCGACGCUGGGAAGGGAUAAACGAAGGCUGGAGAGUGUACGGAAACUGUGCUGCAAAGUACGUGGACGGGUCGUACAUUUUUGGCGAUGAGGUAGCUGGCAUGACCUCGUUCAAAAAUUCGACGAUUUAUUGCGAAGGAGGCGACUACGACUGUGUCCCAGCUGGGUUGGGUCGUGCACAGACAAUGGUAUUUCUGGGACUAGCUUUCACAGAAGUACUGAGAGCUUACACGCUUGCAGCUUGUAUGUCAGUAACAAUGACAGUUGUUGUAACCAACGUUCCUAUCAUUAUGGACGAUAUCUUUGACUUUGAGUACAUCUCUUGGUAUCAAUGGCUCAUAGUUGGAGCAGUUGCGGUGAACAAUGCUUUCUGGGGUGAAGUACUAAAAGCCAUUUUACGAAGAAAUGACCGUGCUCAGGCUCGUUGGGACCACAUGAAGUCUGGCUUUGACGAGAUUUUGCUUGAAAUUCGGCAUUUGCGUCACCAUGUAGAGCGACUUGAAGCCAGUGGGUUCAAGCGAGAGUAG